GAAGGCCCAAAAGAAAUUAGUAUUACAACCUAACCCAACAUCAGGCGCCCAACUUCAACCCAAUUAACCUGCUGCCCAAAAUCCCCAAGCCUCUAGAGUGAAGCCGUGAAGGAUAGGAGGAUGAAGGACUGAGCGUUGACCUUUGCGGCUCCGCCACCAAGCGCCAGCGCCAGCGCCAGCCGCCACGCCACCACUGCGAGUCCGCGACCCGCCUGUUCCGAGCAUGAUGGACUCGCAAACCCAGAAUACUUCUUUGCAGAGGCUUCAAAAUGUUGAAAAGAGGAUAGUUAGGGUUUUAGAGCUAGCUGGAGGGGUUAUGGAUGAAUUGGCAAAGCCAAGUGGCCCUAGGAAGGAACUCAUUAACAACCAAUGCAGUGAGUUCAUGCAACUAAUAAAGGAUAUCCAGGUGACACUAAGAGAAGAAAUCAAAAGUGCUUGCGAAUAUCGUCCAUUUGAGAAGUGUGACUAUGUUCCAAGAAUAGCUAAUGAGAUCUGUUGCAAGAAACUGGAAUGUGUCAUCGCACAACUAGAUGAGAUGAAGCAGACUGUUGAAAAUUAUAACGGUUUAACGUGAAGCUAUAUCUUCUUAUUGUAAUAGAAAUUGUAAUAGGCAACCUACAAUACAUUUAGUCAGUAAAACUUCUGUUUCUAGCUGCUGAACCAUGUAGAUUGUGCUGUUUUAGCACCAAAGCAAGUUAUAUCUAUCUACCUUUAUUGAAGUUUAUAUAUCAUGUAGGGAUUGUUGGGAUUGAAUAUUUUCAUUGAUGCGUAUACAAUCAAGUUAUAUCUCGUCAUUGGAAUUUGGAGGCAUCAUUAAAAACC